CAUUUCUCUCGAUCGACACAGUGAGCAAGAAUGUGGAGAAGAGCUUUCUGUAUUCUCUCACAAAGACCCUUUUCUUCACAACCUGAAAUCCCCACUUUGUAUUCUUUUCUCCAACCUUCAAUUUUCUCCUUAAAAAGAACACAACCACCUUCUUCUACAACCCCAACAAAACCCCAAGACCAAACCCCACUAACCUUAACACAAGAACAUAAAUCCAAUCUUGAAUUCACUCUUCAAACUUCCAUAAACACCAAUAACACAGAUGAAGCGUGGAAAUCAUUCAAGACUCUUUCAAAUUACUCAGCUUUCCCAAGUAAGUCACUUACCAAUUCACUCAUCACUCAUUUGUCAUCACUCAAUGAUACUCAUAACAUAAAAAGAGCAUUUGCAUCUGUAGUUUUCUUGUUAGAGAAGAAACAAGAAUUGUUACAGCCUGAAACUGUACAUGUUCUGUUGAAAUCAAUGAGAGAUGCUAACACUGCCGCCCCUGCUUUUGCAUUGGUUAAGUCUAUGUUCAAGAACAGAUUUUUCAUCCCUUUUAGUCUCUGGGGUGAUGUUCUUGUCGAAAUUUGUAGGAAAAAUGGUAACUUUAGUGGGUUUUUACAAGUUUUCAAUGAGAAUUGUAGGAUUGCUAGUGAUGAGAAGUUGAAUUUCUUGAGACCUAGUUUGGCAGCUUGUAAUGCUGCACUAGAAUGUUGUUGUCGUGAGCUCGAAUCGAUAACCGAUGCAGAGAAGGUGGUGGAGACCAUGUCGGUUUUGGGUGUUAGGCCUGAUGAAUGUAGUUUUGGGUUGCUAGCUUAUUUGUAUGCAUUAAAGGGUCUUAAUGAGAACAUAGCUGAGCUAGAAGGUUUAAUACACGGAUUUGGUUUCACGGAUAAAGGGGUUUUUCUUAGUAGUUUGGUUAGCGGGUUUGUAAAGUGUGGUAAUUUGGGCUCUGUUUCAGCAACUAUUCUUCGAGGUUUAAGAGAAACGGGUGGACAGGGAUUAUGUUUGGGAGAAGGAACUUAUAGUGAAUUAGUAACUGGAUUUCUUCAAAACGGGAGCAUAAAAGAUUUAGCUACUUUGAUUGGUGAAACGCAGACUUUGGAAUCUCCAUCAGUGAUUGUUGAGAGAUCUGUUGGAUAUGGCGUUAUUAAUGCUUGCGUUAGUCUCGGGUUAUUGGUCAAGGCACACAUGAUAUUUGAUGAAAUGAAUGCUCAGGGAGCUUCUUUAGGUCUUGGAGUCUACGUGCCAAUAUUGAAGGCAUAUUGCAAAGAGCAAAAAACAGCUGAAGCUGCUCAAUUGGUGACAGACAUUAGCAGUUUAGGUUUCCAAUUGGAUGUUGCGACCUAUGAUGCCCUAAUUGAAGCGUCUAUGUCAUGCCAAGAUUUUCAGUCUGCAUUUUCUAUUUUUAGGGACAUGAGAGAAGCAAGAAUACCUGACUUGCAAGGGAGUUACUUGACUAUCAUGACUGGUUUAACAGAAAGCCAUCGACCUGAGCUCAUGGCUGCUUUCUUAGACGAGAUUGUUGAGGAUCCUAGAAUUGAAAUUGGAACACAUGAUUGGAAUUCCAUCAUUCAUGCCUUCUGCAAGGCUGGACGGCUAGAAGAUGCAAGGAGGACUUUCAGGAGAAUGACCUUCCUUCAGUUUGAACCCAAUGACCAGACAUAUCUUUCUCUAAUAAAUGGAUAUGUGACAGCGGAGAAGUAUUUCAAUGUUCUGAUGCUGUGGAACGAAGUGAAAAGGAAGAUUUCGACGGAAGGGGAGAAGAAGUUUAAACUAGAUAAUAGCUUGGUCGACGCAUUUCUGUAUGCGUUGGUCAAAGGUGGCUUCUUUGAUGCAGUAAUGCAGGUAGUGGAGAAAUCUCAAGAGAUGAAGAUAUUUGUUGAUAAAUGGAGAUAUAAACAAGCAUUUAUGGAAAAACAUAAGAAGCUCAGAGUUUCAAAGUUAAGAAGGAGAAAUCGCAGUAAAAUGGAUGCACUUAUUGCUUUCAAGAAUUGGGCUGGUUUGAGUGCUUGAUGGGACACAUAUCUGUUGCUUGCCAAUACUCAACUUAACGUUAAAGGCUAACUUGGAUUAUAGGGCUUCAAUGACACAACAAGCGGCAAAUUGCUUUUCAGGAAACUUGCUAAAUAUUAUGAGUUGCAGAGCCUUUAGCAGGUGACAGAGAUCAAAUAUGUAUUAUGCUUGCCAAACCAUAUGGAAAAGUAUGAUCUAACUUCCAAGAAGCAGGAUUAUGCUUUGGGUAAAACACCAGUCUAGUCGAGCUAAAUGCUGCAGAAGCACUGUACUCCAACCUGGCUUUGAUCAACAUACUCUAGAAGGGACAACUUGCUACUGCUCUUCUUAUAUCUAUUUCCUUUUUGGAUGAGUUGUGUAGCCUAAAGGUCUAAGAGAAGUGUGAUACAUUGCUGCACCUGCAGAUUCUCUCAGCUGACCCUAAGUUCAAACUGUUGUCAAUCCUUACUCUCAAACUUCAAAAAGAAAUGAAAGUUUCUAAUGACAAGGUGGGGACUAUUUGGAUGAUAUGGUAGCCAAUUUAACCAAAAUGAUGAGUUGCUAGCCUAAAGGUCACGGGUUCGAGCCGUAGAAGCAGCCACUACUGCUUGCAUUAGGUAGGCUGUUUACAUUACACUCUUUCUUUCAGUGCGGCCCUUUCCCAACCCUGCUUUGUGCACCUGGAUCCCCUUUGAUGAGUUGGUAGCCUAUUUCUUCUAAAAGGCUUUAAGAUUUUUUGGUGAUCUACUUUAUCUGCUCACUGCAAGAAUGAAUACAUGUGAUUCUGCCCCAAACACUAAUAAUGACACCCAAAUAGACAACUUCCUUUGUCAAUACUCAGUUGGGUUGUCAGAUUCUCCCACUUUGUGUUUCCUUUGCUACAUUCACACUUUACUAUCAAGACUAUACUUUUGUGGAAUUGUUUGAUUGAUUUUGUUCUACUAUUUCUCCACAUAUGUAAAUAAAUUCAAGUUUUAUGUACUAACGAUUUAAAAAU